AGUGUGAAUGUGUCGAAGGUUCUUCUCUGUAGCUUAUGUUGCUGCUUCCUUCUACUGUUUUUUUCAGUUGAAAAAAUAAAAAUAAAGAACGUUAAGAAACAAUUCAUUUUCCAAUUUCGUACUGCAACAACAACUAGUAUUCAAUUUUCAAACACCAUCUUCAAGAGGUUGUGGUGAAUUUACUUCUUCAACUACUACAUCCAUAUUAAUUUAAUUCAACCUUUGCAGAACAUUAAAGGGUAAUGAUCUUGAUCAGUGAUAAUUACACAAAAAAAUGUUUUUUCAUCAAAAGGUAAACUUCACAAUCACGAUCAUAGCAAUCUUCUUAUUGAACACAACAAGAGCACAGAACAACACAAUUUGUGAUAACCGUUGUGGAGAUGAGAUUCUUCAAUACCCUUUUGGAUUCUCUGAAGGUUGUGGAAUCAAACUAAAAUGUUUCCAAAACAAAGUCCAAGUUGGUGAAUUUCUGAUUCAGAACUUAACGAAAAACAGCAUAUUCAUCUACCUUCCGGCAAAAUGCAACCGUAGCAUGGAAACUAUUCAACCACUUUUCAGUGAAAACUUUGCUCCUACAAGGAAUAACAGUUUUCUAGUUCAAGGUUGUUCAGUUCCACUUGGUGGUUGUGUUAUUCCAGCUUCAAGUUUUUUUGGAAAUCAAAUUGAAGUUGAAAGUUGUGACAGAAAAAGUAGUAAUAUAAGUUGUUUUUCUCAGAAACAACGUGAAGAAGGAGAAAGAGAUGUUUUGACUUAUGAGGAAUUGAAUCAAACUAAGUGUAACUAUUUGUUCUCAGCUGUUGCUGUUGAACAGAACAAAGAGAUUUCUUUGCAAUUUCAAGCUGUUGAAUUGGGGUGGUGGCUUCAAGGGUUGUGUCAAUGUUCUUCCAAUGCUACUUGUUCCACAGUGAAUCUACAAGGAGACAGUUUGGGGUUCCGGUGUCAGUGUUUUGAUGGUUUCAUCGGAGAUGGUUUUGCUAAUGGCACCGGUUGCCGGAAAGCUCCAAGUUGCAGUGCUUCAACACUAACAUCCGGGGGAUGUGGGAAUGCAACCAAAAUUGGUGUUGUCAUUGGAGUGGCUGUAACCGGAGUUGUCAUCGUGGCUGCUCUCAUUCUUCUAUGCUACUGUGCCAGGCGUCGUUUUACUUGGUUGAGAAAACAUACCAGAGUAAAGCGCCUACUCCGCGAAGCUGCAGGCAACUCUACUGUGCCUCUCUACCCUUACAGAGACAUAGAAAAAGCCACAAAUUCUUUCUCUGAUAAACAGAGGCUGGGAACUGGGGCUUUCGGAACAGUCUAUGCCGGAAAACUUCACAAUGAUGACUGGGUUGCAAUAAAGAAGAUAAGGCAUAGAGACACCAACAGUGUUGAUCAAAUCAUGAAUGAGAUCAAGCUCCUUUCUUCGGUGAGUCACCCGAAUUUGGUUCGCCUCUUAGGUUGCUGCAUUGAGGAGGGAGAGCAAAUACUUGUUUAUGAAUUUAUGCCGAAUGGAACACUGUCUCAGCAUUUGCAAAGAGAGAGGGGUAAAGGUCUUCCGUGGACAAUACGACUCACCAUCGCUUCUGAAACUGCUAAUGCUAUAGCUUAUCUCCAUUCUGCAAUUUAUCCCCCAAUUUACCACAGAGACAUAAAAUCCAGUAAUAUACUCUUGGAUUAUAGCUUUAAAUCUAAAGUAGCUGAUUUUGGGCUUUCUAGGCUUGGCAUGAUAGAAACAUCACAUAUUUCAACUGCUCCACAGGGAACUCCAGGUUAUGUGGAUCCCCAAUACCAUCAGAACUUCCAUCUUUCUGAUAAAAGUGAUGUAUACAGCUUCGGAGUGGUUUUGGUAGAGAUAAUAACUGCCAUGAAAGUGGUUGAUUUUGGAAGACCACAGAGUGAGAUUAAUUUAGCUGCACUUGCUGUUGAUAGGAUUAGGAGAGGUUCUAUAGAUGAGAUUGUAGAUCCCUUCCUUGAACCACAUAGCGAUGCUUGGACUCUAUAUUCCAUUCAUAAGGUGGCUGAGCUUGCAUUUAGAUGCCUUGCUUUUCAUAGCGACACGAGGCCAACUAUGAUGGAAGCAGCUGAGGAGCUGGAGUAUAUCAGACGCCGUGCAUGGGCAACUAUGGAGGAAACCAUAUGCUUAGGUUCAUCGAUUGGAUCUACAAGUUCAUCGCCUCGCAAUGGAAGUGAGAUGUCAGUGAGUGGUAUUAAGUUGAAGAGAGUAGGGCAAGAGAGUGAGGGAUUGAUUAUUCCACCCGUGGACGGGAGCUUGUUGCAAUCUGUGGAGGUGAAAGACAGCUCCCCUGUAUCAGUGCAUGAUCCUUGGUCAAGUGGACAGAGCUCGCCUUCAACAAACAGCUUGUUGGGAAAUGUCAUUCGGUGACAUCAAUGUGAAUAAUAAUACUAGAGGCAUAUAUAACAGUUUUCUUUUCUCUUUUAACUGUCAUUGAUAUAGAUAUUUUUGUGAUUAAGAUUCUGUUUGACUGACAACUUCCAAAAAGCUUAUAUGCAAAAAUAAUCAGCAACAAUAUAUUCAAAAUUCUCUAUGCAGAAAAGAUGUAAACUAUGAAUAAUUAAUGUGUACUUUAGGCCACAAUUUUUUAAGUAAUGUCUUGCUGUCAUGGUUUUAAAUUGCGGUCUGCAUUGCAACUGCGGCUGCAAUGUAAAAGUUUUAGAGAUCUUUUCAA